CAGCCAAUCAUAAAGCCAUGAGGCCCGAGGACAGGCUCACACCGGACAGCGUCGCUGCACUGGCCUCUCCUUCUCUCCAGGAUGCUCCUCUUCCUCGGCCUGGCCGCCCUCUUCGCCGCGAGCGUCCCCACGGAGACCAACCAGACCUCCAGGCCGCCGGCCGAGAGCGGAGAGCAGUGCAUGGCCUGCGACUUCCGGGAGCACAGCAAGCAGAUGAGGCUCCACAGCAUCAAGUCGCAGAUCCUCAGCAUCCUGCGGCUCCAACAGGCCCCCAACAUCAGCCGGGACAUGAUCCGCCAGCUGCUCCCCAAAGCGCCCCCUCUGACGCAGCUCCUGGACCAGUACGACCCGCGGGUGGAGGACGAGGACCACGCCACGACAGAGACCAUCAUCACCAUGGCUACCAAGCUUGAUCCGACCGCCCAGGAAGAGUUGUCCUCCUGUUGUGUUUUCAACCUCAGCCCGAAGAUCCAACCCAAAAACAUCCUGCGCGCUCAGCUUUGGGUGCACCUGCGGCCGGCCGACGUGGUCACCACCGUCUUCUUGCAGAUCUCUCGCCUCAGACCCGGGAAGGAGGGAAACGGCACCCGGGUCCGAGUCCGCUCCCUGAAGAUUGACACCGACGCCGGCUCCGGGUCCUGGCAGAGCAUCGACAUCAAGUCGCUGCUGCAGGCUUGGCUGCGUCAGCCGGAGGCCAACUACGGGAUCGAGAUCAACGCCUACGACUCCAGUGGAGAAGAUCUGGCUGUCACCUCGGCGGAGCCUGGAGAGGAAGGACUGCAACCGUUCAUCGAAGUGAAGAUCCUCGACACGCCCAAGAGAUCCCGCCGCGACUCGGGCCUCAACUGCGACGAGGAGUCGGCAGAGACCCGCUGCUGCCGCUACCCGCUCACCGUCGACUUCGAGGAGUUCGGCUGGGACUGGAUCAUCGCGCCCAAGCGCUACCGGGCCAACUACUGCUCGGGGGAGUGCGAGUACAUGCACCUGCAGCAGUACCCACAUGCCCACCUGGUGAACAAGGCCAACCCGCGGGGCACAGCGGGGCCCUGCUGCACUCCUACCAAGAUGUCGCCCAUCAACAUGCUCUACUUCAACCGCAAGGAGCAGAUCAUCUACGGAAAGAUCCCGUCCAUGGUGGUGGACCACUGCGGCUGCUCCUGAGGGAACCCAGGCGUCCGCGGGACGACGGCUCGGUCACAGAAGCUUUGUUUUUCUGCAAAAGUGAUGCAAACUACUCUCUAUUUUGUUACUAAAACUUAGACCCAGCAACAUCCCGUCUAUGAAAGAGACGCAAGGACAGGACUCCCGAAGUUGUUUGAAGUUUCGUACCCUGUGCUUUUUUGUUUUGCCAAUUUCAGACCAAACACUCUGAAACAAGAGAUGUUUUUUUCUGAAGGAUCAACUAACUCCUGCCGCUUUCUGUCCUCCCGUCCUUAUGAAAACGUGUCCUGAUUUGAGCCUUGACCAGAACAAACCCUGCAGGGCGUCUUCCACAUGUGCCUUUAUUUUGAAAAACAUGAACCCUUAAAUGCCUCCGAGCUGACGGGUCGACCCCGUCCCAAAAGCUUGUUUGCAAACUCCCUCGCUGUGAUUUGUUCUCGAGAGAAAGUCAGCAAUGUUCUUCCUCUGAGAUGGCUGCCCUGUCUUAAUAUAAUAAAUGCAUAGUGAGUUGACGACCAGCACAAAGGGAAAAGUGAGAGGCUGAGAGACCUGUCAAUCAAGCUAAACUUCUAAUCGAAUGUUAACGGUACCCCUGUGAGUAUAGAAUGCCGUUUUUUUUUUUUUUUUCCCAAUAUUAAAUAAA